UGAACUCUGAAGAGUUGUGACGACGGCAGGUCACAGUAUGAACCUCUGCAGAAACGGCUGUCUGUCACCCCGGUCGAUCUAAAUGUUUGCAUUUCUUGAUGCUGCACGGGUUGGACUUUUCCUCUGCCGGAGACGAUGAAGGAGGAGAUCGCCGCCGCCGUGUUCUUCAUGGCUCGUCUGGUGAAGCGGUACGGCUGCCUGGACAACGACGGCAGGGAGCGCUUUGCUGCCGCCCUCACCUCUGCACUGUUUGAGAGCUACAAGAACCACUGGCACCCCGGCGCCCCUGCCAAGGGGCAGGCCUACAGGUGUUUGCGUAUGAACCACGUUCUGCUGCAGGACCCGGUGCUUCUGAAGGCCUGUGAGCGCGGCGCCGUCCGCUACGAGGAUCUGGGCCUACCUCAGGAGCUGACGGUGUGGGUGGACCCGGGGGAGGUGUCGUGCAGGUACGGGGAGCAGAGCACUCCAUUCUGCGUCUCUGUGCUGGACAGCUGCCCACGUGGCGACAGGGAAUUUUCCCGCCGCAUCCAUGACGCCGUGGAGCGAGCGAGCCUCGAGGUCCAGUCGGGGAGCUCCUCUGAUGAAGAGGAGGUGAGUAGGGACAAAAGUUUCAGCAGCACUUCAUCAGCCCCAUGUCCCGCUCCUGCCAGCACCGAACCCAAAACCAUCCCGACGGUCAGCAACCCCAACAGCGUCUACAGGUUCAGCGAGUUCUCCCCUGGAGCGCCCCAGACCUGGCUGAGAGACAAGCGGAAGGGCUUCGGGGAGGCCUUCCAGCCUCAUGGCCCCACUGCUGGAGGUCCACCUUCCCAGUACCCCACCCAGAAAGGCUUCAAGUCCUACAGAGCCACCUUCACCUUCACCGGGCCUCGCGUUGACAAGUACCACUGGGUCAGCAAAACACGCUCCUGAGGCCCGGAGCUGCAGAGCGCUGACUUUGUGUUUCAGGACUCUUGUCAAAUCUUUAAAUGACUUUAAUAUUUGUAAUUGGUUUAAUGUAAUGAUUUAACGUAAUGCUGUUUAAGCAGGUUUUUAGAGUAUUUUAAAAUCUCCUUUCUACAGUUUUUAACAUUAAAGCAAGUGUGAAUAAAGGAAGAUUGAACUGUGAAAGAAAAGAAAUAAAUGUUUCCGUAUCAAC